CCUUGUGUUGCCAGUCAAAUGUGCGGUUUAUUACCUGUUGAUCUACAAACGCACUUAUUUGUGUUUUAUGAACGCCUCUCAUACCGAGAGAUCGGUUCACUGGAAGCAUCUGUAGCCUGGAUGAGCAGUAAGACUAACAGUUUUAACUUGAUGUAGCGUGAAUGGAUUUCCUUCGCUUCCUACUUGUUUAAAACUUUGUUUUGAAGUGGUUGAGUCAGCAGGAAUCUCAACAUGGAUAAAGUCUUUAUUUUGAUUUGUUGGGCUCUGAUGCUGACGCACAGCGCUGCAAAGCAACAGUACUACCCUCAGUCCAGGAAUCUCACCUGGGAUGAGGCCAGGAGCUACUGCCAGAUCUGUUUCAAAGAUCUGGUGACGCUGACGCCUGAAAACAUCAGAAUCAUCGUUCAGAAACUCACCUCUGACCACUGGAUCGGCCUCCGCAAGAACUUCUACUCUACCGCCUACUACACCAGCAACUACCCAAUCAACCCCACCAGCAACUACCCAAUCAACCCCACCAGCAACUACCCAAGCAACUUUACCAGCAACUCCACCAGCAACUACACCUUUAGUUCCACCAUCAACCCUACAACCAACAACCCCACAACCAUCCACUCCACCAUCCACAACACCAUCCACUCCACCAUCAACUCCACCAUCAACUUCACCAUCAACUCCACCAGUAACUCCAGCAGCAACGCCUCCACCAGCACCGCCCUGUUGUGGUCUCGCUGGGCCAACGGGGAUCCCCUCACCUUCCAGAACUGGUACCCUGGUUGGCCCGUGUUUAAAUCAUCCUUCCCAAGAAGAGACUGCUGCAGCUGCUCCUGCACCUGCCCAGCAAGGCCAACCACAACAACGCAAAGCUACACCAGAUACACAGAAUCCACCACCUUAAAGGUGACGACAACACAAAAUUCAACCAAAAAUGUGACUGAUCUCUGGGACUCCACCUUUACAAGCAGAACUGGAACUGAUGGUGUGACAGACGUUACUGGACUGUGGGGAUCCAACACCCAGGACGAGACCAGUUUCACUGAACUGAGCAGAAACACAACCAAUAACGUGACAGAAGUUACUGGAGUCUUUGAAUCCACCACCCCAGUAUUUACCACAACUACCCCCAUGACGACCAUGCUACCACCAAUAGAAUCAGAGUGCUUGCGAUCACCUAUGCUGUUCCCGGAUGUCCCCGACCCUGAUGAGAACUAUAUUGAAGACUCUUGCGUGGCCAUGCUCAGAUUUGGGACUUGGGUUGAAAAGUACUGCUGGGAGCUUCUGCCUUUUAUAUGUUAUGAGGAUCAUUUCGUAGGCGAAACCAACGUGACCAACGUGACUUCCGAGAGUGCCGUCCUCACAUGGCUGUCCGCCCCCGGCAACGUCAGCCAUUACCGUUUAGAGGUCAAAGGCGACAGAAACAUGACGGAAGAUUUGACUGAUCUGACCUACGACCUUUUCAACCUGACAGCAGGCGCCUAUUACUCAGUCCAGGUGUUCCCUGUUAAGUGUCAGAGAGACCUCAACCCACAGAAGAGGGCCUUCUACACCAUACCUAACAAAGUCGAAAACCUCACUGUCACCAUGGUGACAGAAACCUCUAUCACCCUGAGCUGGAGUAAACCAGCUGGAACAUUUUAUUACUAUACUAUUAAGGGUACUGAGGGUUUGCAGAUUCAGACUACGACAGAGGGCAGUAAGCUCAACGGUUUGAUACCUGGGAGCCCUUACACAUUCUCCGUCAUCUCAGUAGUGGAGGACACGUCCCAGUGGAGUGAAGAGUCCAACAUCACAGCAUACACCAAGCCCAGGAAAGUGUCCAACCUGAGCGUGUCUGAGAAUACCAACAACUCGCUGCUGCUUACCUGGAAGCUAUCUGUGGGGAACGCCACAGGUUUCAUAGUGAAGGCUAUGAAGGACAGUGAUGGCACAUUGUUUAAUGAAGUGGUGAACCAAACCAAAGUGAGAGUAACUGGGCUGCCGAUGGGCACCAAGAUAACCCUCAGCGUGGCAGCAGUGGCCAAUUACACUCUGGAGGGAGACAAAGUGACCGUUGUCAGCUACACCGCUCCUGGACCAAUUUCAAACCUGAUGUUGGAAACAACAGAGAACACCCUCACUGCUAAAUGGGAUCCUCCUACGGGUAAUUAUUCAACUUUCACCAUCACGCUGCAGCUGGAAGGCAAAGUUGUAGAUAAUUCAACCAGCCUAACAGAACCUAAGAAGCAUUUUACGAAUCUGAAGACUGGAGGCAACUACAAAGUGAUCGUCAGCGCUGUCAGUGGAACUUUCCAAGGCCCACCGGAGGAGAGCUCAAAAUUCACAUUGCCGCUUCCGCCUACUGAUGCCAAGGUCACUUUCCGACAUAAAGAUAACCUCACGCUCGAGUGGAAGCCCCCUGCCAACUCAGCAUCAGUCAGUUACACUGUCAGUAUUAACUCCAGCUUCUGGGGCUACACAAUGUCUGGGAAUGUUUUUAACACAACCAGCUAUGUGUUUACUGGCUUGAAGUCUGGGACAAAGUACUACCUUGAAGUGAAAACAGUGGUGGGUGAAUUAUUAAGUUCGGCAGCAAAUGCAUCAGCUACUACAGUUACAGAGCCAAGGGAAAUCCAUCUGUCUAUGAUGUGCUCUUCAGCACAAUCUCUCCUCUGUGAUAAAGCAUCCACGAGGAAAAAUGUAUUUGAAGAGUUGAAGGCACAUUUUAAAAGUCUGUUAAGUGACAGUAUAAUAUGGACACUGGAACAGGUUAAAGCUGAAACCUGAAAACUCAAAGAACAUCAUAUAUUAUUAUUAUAUAUUCAAUUUUAAAUGUUAUCGGUGAUGGUUUUUCGAAGUGUUGUCUUUCUUUUUGUUUUCAGAAUAAUUAAGAAGUCAUAAUUGUUGAUGUGACUGAAUGUGAAUUUAAUCAAAUUACGAUUCUUAUGUGUAUUGACUCUUUUAUAUUCUGAAAUUUCUUGAUAAAAAGGUAUAAAAAAUAAAGUAUAAAGUAAAAAGUAUAUUUCAGAUUUUCUCCUACUUUUAUUUACUUUUUAUAUAUUUUUUCUCUGGUUAACUUACCGUGAGCAUCAGUUUUUUUCAUGUUAUAAAUGUUUUAUAUUUUCUAAAUGUUCCAAAUGUGUGUCUGAUGUUGUA